CGCUUUGCCAAAAAACUUUCGACCAUUAGUUUGUCAGCAGCCCAGUCUAGGAUUACUACGUAACGCGUAACAUUAGCUGCCACCAUGGGGGUUUCCGUUUGGCUUUUGGGGUUGCUUUGUGUGGGCUCUGCUUUGCUAGAGACAGCCGUAUCCCAAGACAGUUUGCCGAUCAUCGUUGCGAGACAACGAACUGUUGUGAAUCUCUCAGAUGAUUCAGAUGACACAACCUUGUUCAGUUGCGAUGGGGAAGACCGUAUUGUUUGUGGCAGUUGCUCGAAAGUGAUGAUCUGCAACUACCAAAAACAGAUGGUCGGUUCGUACGAGUGUAGCUCGAUCGAUCCGCAGCGUCCGUACUGUACUGGCAAAGGAGUUUGUUCAAAAACCACCGAUUGCGAGAUUCCAAGUGAACUGUGCCCCACGCCAAACUACUUUUAUCCGGUACCGAGCAACUGCAGUGAGGUAGUUUACUGUGGCCCCAAGCGGGAAGAAACCAAGGUUUCUGCCCCAUCCACUGCGUACAUUUUUGAUUUUAAAAUUCAAAAAUGGACCCUUCGCAAAACGGCUGCCGACUGCUUCCAGCUCAACUGUGGCGCUGCUAUAAUGCUGAACAAAUUUUUCGCAUACAAACCAAAUCCUCGGCUCUAUUUUUACUGCACGACAGGCGGUCCAAUGACAUUCACAUGCGACACAAAUGAGGUAUUCAACGAGGCGAAGCGGGAGUGCGAGUUUGGUUGCACCACGGAAGGAGAUUUCCCCAUAACUGGCGUAAAUGAUCGCUACUACGCGUGCUUGUUAGGCCCGAAUGGAGUGCUGCAAAAGUUCGAGCUGUCUUGCCCUCCAGGUCAGCUAUUCGAUGGUACGAAAUGCGGUGCACCAUCGAGCGUGCCUGAAGAAAAUUGAGCAGUUGAUGUAACCACGUGAUGAUCUGAAGGUACACUUCAUACGACGUACAGGAUUGAUCAUAUCCGCGAGGAAGCUUAAUUGCUUGAACAAUAAUAGGUGGUAAUAGAUUUAGGAUUUGAAAGAUAAAGCUUGAAAAAGAUGGAAAUGAAGGAAAAAGCGCUUCUGUGUCGAA